GAAAAAAAAUGAGAACCCUCCACGUGGACAGUCACCGCUCUUUUUCCUCAGCCCACUCGCAGCCUCGAGCCGUCACCGUUCGCAGCGGUGUGCGGCACCCAGAGCGGCUUUUGGUCGUCGUCUGUGCGGAUCCAAGUUAGCAGCCAUCGAUCGCUGCGCUAAGCCCUAACUAACCAACUCCAGCACUGAGAACCUCUGAGUGACUCCUCCAGACCUGGGGAGACCUCUCCGCAGAGAUGGCCGACCCUGCGCGGUACAGAUAUGCGGACUCGGCGGAGAGGCGGUCGCCGCCCCUUUACAACCCCGCCCGUGCCUCCAUGCCCAUCACCAGCGCCGGCUACAGCUCCCUCUACAGCGGAGAUCUCCAUGCCAUGUCCGCCUCCCACCACGGAGGGCUUGUCUCGCGGCCUGUCGACGAGUACCGCACGAGCACCAUCCCCGUCAGCGCGAACACCUACGCCGUGAGGAAGGAGCCUCUCUCGAGGAGCACCAGUGUCAAUGAAAGCACCCGGGUCCACCGUCUCACUGACCCCGAGGGCAAGCGGCCCAUCAUCGUCACUACGAAGCACCACCCGUCCGCUCCGAGAUCUGGAAGCCCAUCGCGUGACCCCUACUGGUCGAAAGAUGAGGGGCAGUACUACGCCCAGCCCGCGUCGUCCAUCCCGCGAAGCCGAGCGGGCGACCAUGCUCACUCUGCUGCCGCCAUGGAUGAGGAGGAAUACCAGCGUCUGAAGGACAGGACCCAUCAGGAUAGGCUAGGGCACCGGACCGGCGAACCAUAUCGUACCUCUCGCCCGGGCCCGCUCUACGCCGGCUCCGAUCAUCGCACCAGCACGCUGGACUUUGACGAGGGCUACGAGUAUACGAAACCGAGCGACCUGGUUAGAUACGACCUCGAUCAUGAUCUUCACCGCCGCCGGAUCCGUCGGGAGAGCCUUGAUCGCUAUUAUCGGCCUACCGUCAGCAUCAGUACCGACCUGACUCGGCCGUUCGACCAGCCCGAUCGCCGUGCACGCGGGCCACCGCCACCCACAACCUGGGGCCUUGACAAGAUUAACAGGUCAGCGGCCGGUGGUAUUUACGAUGGAGCCGGCGCCCGGAUGCCCCUUCCCCCGUCUGCCACCCUGCCUCCUGACACACGGCGGCUUGAGAUUCCCGGGAGCCCCAGAGAAGAGCCCCGAGGCUUCCGUCCGCUAUCUAUGGUUCAAGACGAGCCUGGUCGGCGUGGUCAUUAUGGUGAUUAUUAUUACGAUGACAUCCUGCCUCCGCGAGACAUCCGCGAACGCGAACUUGAAUACUUCCAGGACGACGGCGUCGUCGCCCGUGGCUUCGGUAUCCGAGUUGACUCCAAUGACCUUGAGGGACGCCGUCGGCUUCCGGAAAGGCUAUACCUCGACGAACGCCGCGAGCGUCGGGAGCCUCAAAAACGGUACGAGGUCCGCGAGCCGAGGAAGCGACCAGAUGGCGACUUGGAGAUCGUCCACCACGAGUUUGAAGACCGGGAUCGCCGGCGACACCAUGAGCACGACCACGCAGUGGCCAGCGAAGCCGGGCGCGACAGAAAAGACAAGAGAUCUGAUGACGACGAGCCCGACAGUAAAAAGGACAGCCUCCGCGACAAGGCUGCUGCCGGACUUCGCCUUGCUGCCGCCACUGUCGGUAUCGGGUCUGCCUUGAAAGACAAAAACGACAAGCCCAACAAGGAGCCAUCCCCGACGAGAAGACACCCAGAGGAAGAUGUCGACAGCCGGAAGCCUGACGACGGUGACUCGAGGGAGAAGUCAAGCCGGAAGCCUGACGACAGUGACUCGAGGGAGAAGUCAAGCCGGAAGGAGCCCUUGCUCGGGGACGAAGACUUUGAAAUCGUUGAGUAUCCCAGGGACCGGGAGGAGCCGCGCAGUGGGACGGCGACCGAGCCUGAAGCCCCUGGUCCGAAGAAAAGCGGCGAUGCCGGAGUGUCAUCUCGUGACCACUCUUCAUCUAAUGACGAAGGAAAGACAAAGUCCCGUCGCCGUCCGCGGCAUUCCGUCUUCAACCCCAACGACACUGCCGCCUUGGCCGAGAUGAAAGCACGGUUGGCCGAGCUGAAGACCGACAACGCUGCGCGGAAAUCCGAGAAGCCCGAGCGGACCGUCGCCGACGAUAAGGAAACAUCCCCCGCCACCAAAGAGCCCCCACCGGAGGAUAAAACGUCAUCAACUGAGAAGCGCGAGCCCGACCCGGAUGCCGCGGCAUUGGUGCCCACGGAUGGUGAUGACAAGUCCCGCGACGAGAGACAAGCGCGCGUCGUGCCCCCGCCCAAGGAGACGGCGCAAGAGAAGAAGCCCCUUAAGGGCAUCCUCAAGCCGCCGCGCGCGCACUUUCCCGAGGAGCCAAACCCCGUCCGGGAAGGGGUCGCCCCGCACAAGGACGACAAGAGCAAGGCGAACGUGCCACCGGGCGCGAGGUGGACCAAGAUCAGCCGCAAGAUGGUAAACCCGGAGGCGCUCACCAUCGGCAAGGAGCGGUUCGAGGUGCGCGACGACUUCGUCAUCGUGCUGAGGGUGCUGAGCAGGGAGGAAAUCCAGGCAUAUGCCGAGGCGACGGCCACGUUACGACGUAUGUCCCACCUCCCCCCCCCCCCACCUUUUGCUGUGUUGAGAAAGUUGGAAGGGAGGAGAGGUCGCCUGCUAACUAACGUGCCCUUCCGGCGUGAACAGAGCGGCGAAGGAGGGAGUUCGAGCGCAAAAUGCGGGAAGAGGCGGAGCGUGACGAUGACAGUGACCGUGAGCGAGACCGAGACCGAGACCGCGACCGAGGCCGUGAACGAGAACGGGACCGUGGGCGUGACCGGGAUGGCAAGCACGACGAGGACGACGACGACAAGAAGAGGCGCCACCGCCAGCACCGACGCGAAAGGGAUGACGAUGAGCGGAGGGAGCGCGACCGCGAAAAGGACCGGCAUCGACGAUCCCACAGGCGCGAGUCCGAUGAGGAGGAGGAGAAUGAGGGUGGGGAGAGGUAUGGGGAGAGGGCGAGGCAUGAUGGGCAUCAUCGCCCGUAUCGAGUGAAGUGAUUUAUUUAGGAGGCGGCAGUUGAGGGGGGCUUAUAUGUGAGCGGAUAUGUGACAUGAGAUAUGGGAUAUGAUGUUUUUAUGACCUGUUUUUUACGGCUACUUUCUUCAUUUCGUGGGCGAUGGCUCUAUUUUGGAUGGGAUCUGUUGCGGCGCUGAUUGACACAGGCGUUGUUAAGCGAUGGAUGGUUACGAUGGAUGGGAUCUAGAGUUGCACGGCGCUGUCGAGGGAGGCGAGGAUACCAGCGAGGGAUGGAUGGUUGCCUUUCGAGUGUUUGAUCUUCAAAAGGUUGCAAGGCUUGCCUUUCCCUUAGGUUAUUUCGGGACUUCUUGAGACCAGAUUAGGGCGUAACGAAAAGUCUGCAGUGUCUGUCUCCACGAACAGCAUUCAGUGUCUGUGUCCACGCAUUAUCUUUCUUCAACUUCCUCCCACGCCGCUUUGCUUUUUUCCCCUCAGA